AUGUUCAUCUUUUUGGUAGUUCAACCUUCAGAGAAUCAUUUCUGGUUCCAUAGGCCCCGGAUUAUUCUCUUGCUGAUUCAUUUCAUCCUGUUUCAGAAUUCAUUUGAACUAGCAUUCUUCUUUUGGAUAUGGGUUCAAUAUGGAUUUGACUCAUGCAUAAUGGGAGAAAUCGGUUAUAUCAUCCCAAGACUUGUUAUAGGGGCAUUCAUUCAGUUCGUCUGCAGUUAUAGUACCCUACCACUGUAUGUAAUUGUCACACAGAUGGGAAGUUCAUAUAAAAAGGCUAUAUUUGAAGAACACAUACAUGAAGGGCUUGUUGGUUGGGCUCGAAUGGCCAAAAAGAACAAGGGUUUGAGAAAGGCUGCUAAUGGCUCGACGACAACUACUACUACUACUCCGGGUUCUACUACUGAUGCAUCUAGCCAAAUGAAUCCAAAAGAAACUACUCCUAUGGCAAUUCAGAUGAGUGAAGUAUCUGCAAUGGAAGAAGGCAAUGCAGGAGAGAUUGCAGCUGCAACUCUGAACAUGGACAUAGCUGAGGGUAUCAUAGUCUCAAUCAAAACUCUUGGCAGUUAGCCAGUCUUAUUUGCUAGUUGCAGUUCAGGUGAAGUUAGAAAUAG